UCUAAAAAUCCCGCCUCGUUCAGCCUCUGUUUUGAAACCCUCACCCAACCACGCUCUCUCCCUUUUCCCGCCUCUCUCUCCCUCUCCCUCUCCUUAAAAUCCCUAAUCCUCCUUCAUCCCUCCAUUACCAUUCACCAUUCACCACUCUCCACUCACCACCACAACCUCUCUCUCUCUCUUCCGCCAUGAACCGCAGAGCCAGACCAACCAUCCCUCACCACUUCCACAAGUACCUCAAACCCGGCGCUCUCGCCCGCAUCCGUGACUCUCGCAUCAGCGCCAGAUCUCACCGCCUCAACGCUCACAAGAUCCCGCUCCACCGCGCUCCCUCGACGCCGCCCGCCGCCGAUCAGCCUCAGGUCACCGCCACCGCCGCCGACGUCGGCUAUCCUUUCUUCGCCCCGAGGAUCUACGGCCCGCGCUGUCCGCAGCACAAGAAACUCAUGGCCGCCAAGUCCGUCUUCUUCGUCCCGGUCAGUCCCGCCGCGGACUCGCCCGAUCUGGUCAUCGACGCUUUAGGCGCAGAUCUUCUCCUCGCCAAUUGAAUUUUCAUGAAAAGAAAACUGUGCGAUUCUUCUCUUGUAGGACGUAGAGCGGUUUAGAUGUGCAGAUGCAGCACUCUUGUUUAAUUCUGUGAAGAAAAAAAAACUCAGAUAGGUCUGAAAUUAAUAAAGCGAAAUCAAUUUUCCUAUUGCA